UUGGGUCUGGAGGGAGCACAGCACCCCUGUGCCUGUACCUGGAGCAAGCAGCAUCAGAGAGCCACAAGGCGGCGACUGUGAGCUUUUGGGUACUGCGUAGACUCUAUGGAGACUAAUGUCUGGGGAUGCGACCAGAAGCUUGGGGAGAGGCAGCAGUCCCCCAGGGCCUGUCCCCGAUGGUGUGAUCCGCAUCUACAGCAUGAGAUUCUGCCCCUACUCGCACAGGGCACGCCUGGUCCUCAAGGCCAAAGGCAUCAGGCAUGAAGUUAUCAACAUUAACCUGAAGAACAAGCCUGAGUGGUACUUUACAAAACAUCCUUUUGGCCAGAUUCCUGUCCUGGAGAACAGCCAGGGUCAACUGAUCUAUGAAUCUGUCAUCGCUUGUGAGUACCUGGAUGACCUCUACCCAGGAAGGAAGCUGUUUCCAUAUGACCCUUAUGAACGAGCUCGCCAGAAGAUGUUACUGGAACUAUUCUGUAAGAUCCCACACUUAUCCAAGGAAUGUCUGGUAGCAAUGAGGUCCGGGAGACAAUGUAUGGAUCUGAAGACUGCCCUGCGUCAGGAGUUCCGCAACCUGGAACAGGUUCUUGAAUAUCAGAACAUCACAUUCUUUGGUGGAGACCGUAUAUCCAUGAUUGAUUACCUCUUCUGGCCCUGGUUUGAGCGUCUGGAUGUAUAUGGACUAGCUGACUGCGUGAACCACACCCCAAUGCUGCGGCUCUGGAUAGCCACCAUGAAGCAGGACCCCACAGUCUGUGCCCUGCUCAUUGAUAAGAACAUUUUCCUAGGCUUCCUGCAGCUCUAUUUUCAGAACAACCCUUUUGCCUUUGAUUUCGGGCUGUAUGUCCCAGCCAUUCGGUAAUUGCAGCAUUGCCCAGGAUGCUCAGCAUAUCUGAUUCUGCAUCCCGGUUGUC